AUGGAUGCCGUGGAGACACAGGUUGCCGUGGAUCUUUCCCCGAUUGCCAAGAAUUUGGCCUCGAAGUUCAAGGCUGCAGCAAGGGAGGAGAAUGCAUCCGAUCUCCACGCUUCCGGUUCAGGCAACUCUGUGGGGACCAGCCCUGACCAUCCCGAGCCUGCGGCUGCCAGUCCCCGUGCGACAGAGCCGCCGCAUGAAUCUGUGGCUGCGGCCAAGGAGGAUGCGUCCAAUCUCCACGCUUCCGGUUCAGGCAACUCUGGGGCGCCUGCUGCUGCCAAUCCCCAUGUGACGGAACCGCCGCAUGAAUCUGUGGCUGUGGCUCCGCCAGAGCUACCGAGCGAAUCUGUGGCUGCAGAACUUCUUGCUGAGCCCUAUACCGAUGUUUUCUUCAGCAACUCCGAGGUGACGCGUGAGGAUCAGAUGAAGCUUCGUGAUGACCUUGUCGCUGACAGACGUAGGCAGGCUGCUGCAGGCAAUGAUGGAGGUGAAGGAGAUGGGGGUGAAGAUUUUGGACAGGCUGAGCCGACCAAGAAGCCGAAGAAGAAGCCCAGCGCCAAGGCGAAAGCCGCAGCGCGAAGCAAGGCGGCCAAAGCUAAGGCCUCGCCGAAGUCUGUGCCAAAGGCGAAGGCAAAAGGCAAGGCCAAGGCCAAGUCCUCAUCGAAGCGAAAGGCAGGCAAUGAUGUGGAGGAGCCCUUGCGCGACACCGAGCCCUUGGAGGAUGCCGAGCCCGUGGAGGAUGCCGAGCCCUUGCAGGGUGGAGAGCCUGCCAAGCCCAGGAAGAAGCGAGCCAAGCAGGAUGGUGAGAAGCUCACUUUCGCUGGGCGCCCAAAGCCUGGGAAAGACAUCCUCGCGAUCCGCCGAUGGGAGGGCAUAAAGAACAGCUUCGAGCUCCAUGUCAAGCCUCACAUCAAGUCUCCCUCCGGCCUCGAGGCUUCUUGUUUUUAA